AUGGCAGCAGAGCUAUCGACUUCCAUAAACAUCAAGGAGCCCCGCUGGGACCAGGGCACAUUUGUAGGUCGAGCCAAACAUUUCUUCACUGUCACAGAUCCCAGGAAUAUCCUCCUAACCAAUGAACAACUAGAACACGCACACAAAGUAAUCACUGACUACAGGAAAGGCAUAGUCUCUCCAGACCUGACAGAAGAUGAGCUGUGGAGAGCCAAAUAUGUUUUUGACUCAGCCUUCCACCCCGACACCGGAGAGAAGAUGAUCCUGAUCGGCCGUAUGUCUGCACAGGUUCCAAUGAACAUGACCAUCACCGGGUGCAUGAUGACCUUUUACAAGACGACUCCAGCUGUGCUGUUUUGGCAGUGGAUCAAUCAGUCCUUCAAUGCAAUUGUCAACUACACCAACAGGAGCGGUGAUGCCCCCAUCACUGUGAGUCAGCUUGGCACAGCUUAUGUGUCUGCCACCACUGGGGCAGUGGUCACCGCUCUAGGACUAAAUGCACUAACAAAGCAUGUUUCUCCUCUGUUUGGACGCUUUGUUCCAUUUGCUGCCGUCGCUGCUGCUAACUGUAUCAACAUCCCUCUGAUGAGACAAAGAGAGCUUCAACAUGGUAUUCCUGUAACAGACGAAAACGACAACAGGUUAGGGGAGUCGACUAAAGCUGCACAACAGGCAAUCUCUCAGGUGGUGGUGUCCAGGAUCCUCAUGGCCUCCCCAGGAAUGGCAAUCCCACCAUUUUUGAUGAACCAUCUGGAAAAGAAGGCCUUUCUGAAGAGGUUCCCAUGGAUGAGCGCACCCAUUCAAGUGAGCUUGGUGGGAUUUUGCCUGGUGUUUGCCACUCCUCUGUGCUGCGCACUAUUCCCUCAGAAGAGCUCCAUGUCAGUCAGCCGCCUGGAGCCGGAGCUGCAGGAGAAAAUCCGGGCCAGCCAUCCCGGAGUGGAGAGGGUCUACUUCAACAAAGGGCUAUGA